AUGCCACCAGGACAAGGUUAUGAUGGAGCUAGUAACAUGAAAGCUCUUGUUGCAGUGGCAAAGGGAAAUGUUGAUAUUGUCACUUUUUUCACAUUGGAAAAUAGUGUGGCUACUAUUGUUAGAGCAUCUUGUAAGCAUCGUGAUGCACUUAGAGAGCAAUUACAAAAUAAUCAUAUGGAAGCUUUUGAAAACGAUUGUCUUAUAACGGGCCGGGGUUUAAAUCAAGAAACUAGUCUCAAGCUUAUUGGUGACACACGUUGGAACUCACGUUAUGGUACCUUGAUUAGUAUCAUUUCCAUGUUUGGUUCCGUGGUGAAAGUGCUUGAAAUGAUUGUUGAUGAUAGUUCCAUGGAUAAUGCAGGAGAAGAAAAUAGGUCAUUGGGAGAUAUGCAAUCUUUUGAAUUUGUGUUUGACCUAUUCUUAAUGAAAUCUAUAUUGGGGGUUACAAAUGAUUUGUCACAAGAAUUACAAAAGAAAGAUCAAGAGAUUGUGAAUGCUAUGACUUUAGUCAAGCAUGAUAUUGAGAUUCCUAGCAUGGAUGAUGGAUAUGUUACUCAAGGGAGAUCACGGCGUGGAGCUCAAAGAAUCACAAACUUCCAUCAUUAUCAUGUGGAGCUCUUUGUUGCUAUCAUUGAUAAGCAACUUGUGGAAUUAAAUACUUGCUUUGAUGAGUGGAGAGAACUUUUUCCGCUAUGA